ACUGCGUAGAUAACACCAAUAUGAAAUUGAAAGGUACCCAUUCGUGUAAUUGUAUGUAACGUGUAAAGAAAUUAUUAAAAUUGUAUGAAUUUUAAUAAUUAAUUGACUAAUCGUUCGUUAUAAUCAUUUUACGUGAUCAUCCCGACCUUAUGGUAAUCAACUAUUGAAAUAUAUCGCUGGGUAAUCCUAAGAUGGACGAUAAAAAUGCAGAAUACGCAGAACCUGUAAAAUGCAGAAAAUACAACGCAUCCAAAUUACGAAGCGCCAUAAACGAUGUACGAACUGGUAGACUCAAAGUAUCUGAAGCCUGUAGAGUGUACAAUAUCCCUCGAACUACGUUGUACUUCAAGUUAUCCGGAGGCAGACCGGAGGAAUUUUGUCGCCCAGGUCCUUCGGCUAUUCUUGGAUUAGAGGUGGAAACUAAAAUCGAAAGUUGGUUAAUGGAUAACUACAGACGAGGAUUCACCCUUAGUAAGAGCGGUUUAAUGUACUCGGUGAAAAAAAUUAUCGAACAGUAUCCGGAACAUGUUAGGCAUAAGUUACCAUUCAAGAAUAACAUGCCUGGUAGAAAAUGGUUCACCAGUUUCAAAACUAGACAUCCAAAAGUAGUUGAAAAACUCAGCGAACAUAAGUAUCUAACUAAAGUAGACAUAAACGAAGCUAAAGUACGUAGCUGGUACUCGAAAGUUAAAACUUUUAUCGAAGAAGAAGAAGCUGCUGAUGUCUUCGACUAUCCUGAUAGAAUUUACUAUAUCGAUGAAAUGUGUAUGUUCGUUAAUACCAAAGGCGAAUUAUCAUUUACGGAUAAACGUAAAGCUAUUUACAAUGUUACGCAUAAUUUUGUCGACAAUGUUACGAUUUUAUUCGCUGCAAAUGCCACCGGAAGUUUUGCUCCUCCUUCGGCUGUGUAUAAAUUGAGAAGUGUUCCUAGUGAAAAUCUGAAAUACGUUCCUUCUCAUUGGUCAGUUGGAUUCACCAAAUCAGGAUGGAACAAUUGCGAAACAUUUUACGAAUAUAUGACCGAAACAUUUUAUCCUUUUUUGAUCCAGUCCAGCACUCCAUUUCCAGUGGUUGUUUUCCUCGAUGGUAAUUUUUCCAGCAUGAGUCUGCCUCUUAGUUCCUUCUGCGAAGAGCACGGAAUAAUUUUACUCUGUACAUUGCCAAAAUCUGUGCAUUAUUUGCAACCUCUUCACGGAUUUUUCUCCUUAAUUAGAACAGUCUGGAAAACCGAAUUAAACGAGUGGCUGAAUGAACGUAAAGAAGAAAACGAGUCUACCGAUUGCCAAAUACCUCCGUUAGUCGAUUCCAUUCUGGAGAAAAAAAUUUUCGAAUCGACUGUGGUCGAAGGAUUUCGUCUUUGUAGAUUAUUUCCUUUUGAAAUUAAGCCAGAAGAUCCCAUCGAACCUCUGAUACCAACCGAAUUGGACAGCAAUGAUACGGGAAAAAUUUGCGAUUGUAAUUUGAGUAUUAUUGAAUAUGUCGAGAGUAAAAUUCCUCCAGAAAUACUCAGCAAGUUUCAUGCUUGUAAAAUGAAAGGUGCUCCUUGGACAGGAUAUGUUGGAUAUAGCGCUUUAUAUGAUCUCUGGACCGAGGUGAUCGCUGAAAAUGGAUUAUCCGAUGUGAAAAUCGACGAUUCGGAUACGCAAGUGAUUUUACUCGAACCUGAUGCCCUUGAUCAAUUCGUAGUCGAAGAAGAGAUCGAGGAAAGUCAAUCGAUUUUAUGUUAAUAAUUGUGCAUUUGUAAAUUUAAAUCAUGUAUAUUUUUGUAUCGUAUUUAUUCCAUUUAGUAAAUUUUUUUGUACUUGAUUUUAAAAAUGUAGGCUCUAUAAAGUUUGUUUUAUCUAUUUGAAGAAAUUUCAUGUAUUUUUUUCUCAAUACAGCGUUUGUAUUCCAAUCAACAGUACCUUUAGGAAUGACUAGUGAACUGAGUUGUACUAAAAUUAAUAAAUCGAUUUGACAUUCGUGAA